ACAAACAAAUGAAAGUCAAGGACAUCCAAAUUCGAGAAGCAGAAUGUCUUCGCCAAACAAUAAGUGAUGAAUAUUUUCGUGGAACGAGUUGAACCUGUCGUAAGGUGUCAAGCGGUGAUCCCUUCGUGAUCCUUCGGCCAUCUUCGUAACCGUUCGGCGGACUGGCGCGCGCUCCGUUUGGUAUUCGGUAAGCGGUAGGCUCAGUAUUCGUUGCGACUCCGUGAUACAAGGACGUGUUCCUGCGGUGUUUGGCACGUUCACAACCGCGUCGUAACCAAAAACGCGUAUGCGAGGUGCGAGAACGCCCCAAGUAACCGUUUUUGCAACUAUUCCCGUGUACCGGUCGAAAAUUACCGACUCGCGUUGUACGUUUUCCCGUCCGGUUCUGUGUUGUCGCGUACAAUAGACUGAGAGUAGAAGAAAGAAGAGGCGUAGUAAGAGGGGCUACACGCAGGGACUGCAGAGAAAGGAAACACGGAAGGAUUAUGUAUUCGAACAACAUGGCUACUACGAUUGACGACCGGCAGGAGUUGUUGGAGCAGUUUCAAGCGAUCGACGAAAACGGAGACGGCUUCAUCAAUCUGACCGAGUUACGAAGCGCUCUGGACAUCUGUGGCUUCAAGAUGCCCGGUUACAAAGUUCGUCAGAUGAUCGAGGAAUACGACGAUAAACAGAGAUCAGAGCACAAAGGACGUCUUUCCUUCGAGGAAUUCGAGAAAUUGUGCAAAAAGUUAAAGGCCAAUGAACUCGGCUCCACGUUCAAACAGGUGGUGUCGAAGAAGGAGAAUCUGGAGACGUUGGGUGGUAUCUCGGAGGCGUCUAGUGAAGGAACCACCCACUCGGUCAGAUUAGAGGAACAACUUGCCUUCAGUGAUUGGAUCAACACAAAUCUGUCGCAUGAUCCUGAUUUGAAACACCUGCUGCCCAUUGAUGCCGAAGGGAAGACCCUGUACGAGAAGGUUAAGGACGGAAUUCUUCUCUGCAAGAUAAUUAAUCAUUCCUGCCCCGACACCAUCGACGAGCGAACCAUCAACAAGAAGAACCUGACCUUGUACAAGAAGCACGAGAAUCUGACCCUAGCUCUAUCAUCAGCCCAAGCAAUCGGCUGCAACAUCGUCAACAUCGACGCCCACGAUCUCAUAAAAGGUUCACCUCACCUGGUCCUGGGUCUCCUCUGGCAAAUUAUCAGGAUCGGUCUGUUCAAUCAAAUCACCUUGGAGAACUGUCCUGGUCUGGCUACCUUGCUCCAAGACGGCGAACGCAUCGAGGAUCUAUUAAAAUUGUCCCCAGAAUCGAUUCUCCUCAGAUGGGUGAACCAUCACCUGGAGAACGCUGGUAUCGCCAGAAGGUGCAAGAAUUUCUACUCAGACAUCACCGACUCGGCGAUCUACACUUACCUUAUCAAACAAAUCGCACCACCCAAUGCUGGUGUCACCCUGGAGGCUCUAAUGGAACCCAACCACACCUCGCGAGCAGAGAUCAUGCUGCAACAGGCAGCCAAAUUAGGUUGCCGCAGUUUCGUAACCCCGAGCGAUGUGGUGCACGGUAUCUACAAAUUGAAUUUGGCCUUCGUGGCGAACUUGUUCAAUAAUUACCCGGGUCUAGACAAACCGGAGAGCAAUAUAGAAGGAUUGGAAUCGUUGGAGGAGACUAGAGAAGAGAAAACAUAUAGAAAUUGGAUGAACUCCAUGGGAGUGGUUCCUUAUGUAAAUUGGUUGUACUCCGAUUUAACCGAUGGUCUGGUGAUCUUCCAGUUGUACGACAUCAUUAAACCAGGAACGGUUAACUGGAACAGGGUGCACCAGUACUUCAGCAAGUUAAGGAAGUUCAUGGAGAAGCUGGAGAACUGUAAUUACGCUGUCGAGUUAGGGAAAACGAUGAACUUCUCGUUGGUUGGGAUCGCCGGGCAGGAUAUAAACGAUGGAAACGCAACGUUGACCCUGGCAUUAAUUUGGCAACUGAUGAGGUCGUACACUUUGUCUCUGUUGACGUCGCUCGCUGGUACUCAGGGUAGUACAAUGGUGGAGAAGGAGGUCGUUCAGUGGGUGAACUCGAAGUUACAGGGGGCUGGGAAGACUAGUAGUAUCAAAGGUUUCCAAGAUUCCUCGAUAGCCGAUGGGAAAGUGGUUAUCGAUCUGAUCGAUGCCAUCAAACCGGGAUCCGUGAACUAUGAUCUGGUUAAGGAGGGAGGCACCGGAGAGGAGAACCUGGACAACGCGAAAUACGCGAUAUCCUUGGCACGAAAAUGUGGCGCGCGCGUUUACGCGCUACCGGAGGACAUAACCGAGGUGAAACCUAAGAUGGUGAUGACGGUGUUCGCUUGUCUGAUGGCGAUGGACUACAUCCCGAAUAUGGACUCGGUGAAGCAGCAGAACAACGUGAACAACAGUCAAUAAUGUCGCGCCAUCGUCUACGUUUACAUUGUGCACGAGAACUGUCGACUGAGUUGCGGUUACAAUUGGUAACCGUCUCUCCUUCACCAACCUAAUAAUUGUAUAUACAGCUAGGUUUAGGAUAGCUUGUUCGUUUCCAGUCGGAAACUAGAGAAGGAGAAGAAACGAAUCUAUUCGUCGAAACGGA